AUGUGUGGUAAAGAGGCCCACCGUAAAGAGGCCCACCGUAAAGAGGCCCACUGUAAAGAGGCCCACUGUGAAGAGGCCCACUGUAAAGAGGCCCACUGUGAAGAGGCCCACCGUAAAGAGACCCACUGUGAAGAGACCCACUGUGAAGAGAACCACUGUAAAGCGGCCCAUUGUGAAGAGGCCCACUGUAAAGAGGCCCACUGUGAAGAGACCCACUGUGAAGAGACCCACUGUAAAGAGGCCCACUGUAAAGAGGCCCACUUUGAAGAGGCCAAUGUGAAGAGGACCACUGUGAAGAGGCCCACUGUGAAGAGGCCCACUGUGAAGAGGCCCACUGUAAAGAGGUCCGCUGUGAAGAGGCCCACUGUGAAGAGGCCCACUGUGAAGAGGCCCACUGUGAAGAGGCCCACUGUGAAGAGGACCACUGUGAAGAGGCCCACUGCCCACUGUGAAGAGGCCCACUGUGAAGAGGCCCACUGUGAAGAGGCCCACUGUGAAGAGGACCACUGUGAAGAGGCCCACUGUGAAGAGGCCCACUGUAAAGAGGUCCACUGUGAAGAGGACCACUGUGAAGAGGCCCACUGUGAAGAGGCCCACUGUGAAGAGGCCCACUGUGAAGAGGCCCACUGUGAAGAGGACCACUGUGAAGAGGCCCACUGUGAAGAGGCCCACUUUGAAGAGGCCAAUGUGAAGAGGCCCAUUGUGAAGAGGCCCACUGUGAAGAGGCCCACUUUGAAGAGGCCAAUGUGA